GCUCUUGUCAUCUACGGAAAGGCGUUCACACAGCCGAAGGAGAUCACGGGAUAAUCUCGGCAUUUACCCACAUCAACAAGGGUAGUAGUGCUAGCCACGAAGUUCAACAAUGGUGUUUGAAUCUAUGGUCAGCGAUCUCCUGAACAGGUUCAUCGGAGACUAUGUGGAAAACCUCGACAAGUCCCAGUUGAAGAUUGGCAUUUGGGGAGGCAAUGUUGUUCUGGAGAACCUGAAAGUUAAAGAAAAUGCUUUGAGUGAGCUGGAUGUCCCAUUUCAGUGAAAGCUCUGAUUCUGAGGAAAACUGACAUUGAAGAUCCCUUGGAAGAACUUGUACAAUGAUGCUGUAGUUGCAACGUUAGAUGGUCUGUAUCUGCUGGUGGUUCCUGGAGCAAGUAAGGAACCUAUGGCCGCGAAGGAGGAGCGUUACCAGCAGGAGGCCAAGCAGAAGGAGCUGCAGCGCAUUGAGGAGGCGCUACUGAUGGCUGCUCGCAGAGGGAGGAAAAAGCCUCAGAAAGAUGAGAAGAAGGACACGUUUGCUGAGAAGCUGGCCACGCAAGUCAUCAAGAACCUGCAAGUCAAGAUCACCAGCAUCCACAUCAGAUAUGAGGACGAUAUAUUAGACCCCCAGAAGCCCCUCUCUAUGGGAGUCACCCUGGCUGAGCUGAGUCUACAGACGACCGAUGAGAACUGGAAGUCGUGUAUUCUGAACGAGGCAGCCAGAAUCAUCUACAAGCUGGGCCGUUUGGAAUGUCUGUGCGCCUACUGGAACGUCAACAGUCCCAUCUUCUAUAAAGGCUCCUGGGAAGAGAUACUGUGGGUUGAGAUUGAGUUGAAGUCUGCCAGCCUGCAUCUGGAGGUUCAGAAUGCAGCAGUAGAGAUGACCAGACCACAGUACCUAACCAUGGUGGACCUGCUAGAGUCUAUAGACUGUAUGGUGAAGAAUGGACCCUACAGGAAGUUCAGACCUGAUGUACCAGUACACACAAAUGCCAAGCACUGGUGGAAGUACAGUAUGAACAGCAUCCUGGACGUUCACGUCAGACGUUUCAACCAGAUGUGGUCGUGGUCCAACAUCAGGAAGCACCGCCACACUCUGAAGACCUACAGGGCAGCCUACAAGGCCAAACUACUGACAACACAGGGCAAACUCCGAGAGGACCAAGAGAAGCAGAUACAGGACCUGGAGAAGAGCCUGGAUGUCUUCAACAUCACGUUGGCCCGGCAACAAGCACAGAUGGAGGUGAUCCGGUCAGGGCAGAAGGUGGUAGCUAAGAAGGCUGUGGCCGGCCAGAAGCAGGGAGGAGGGUUUUUCAGCAGCUUCUUUGGAAGGAAGGAAGGGAAGAAGAAAGAGCAGGAACAGGAAACCCAGGAGGAAGAGGGUACAGGCAUUGAAGAGUUGAUGUCUGCUGAUGAGAAGGCUAAACUCUACACGGCCAUCGGAUACAGUGGUAGUUCUCACAACCUGGCCUUACCCAAGCAGUACGUAGCAGUGGUGGUGACCUUCAAGCUGUUCCGUACGUCCAUCACGGUGAGGGAGGAGCCCAACGUCCCAGAGAUCCUGAAGAUCCAGAUGAUCGACCUCAGCACCACCGUCUCCCAGAGACCCGGGGCGCAGGCCAUCAAGGUGGAGGCAGCGUUAGAACACUGGUACGUAACAGGGUUGGAACAGCAGGGAGCUGUCCCCUCUCUCAUAGCGUCAGUAGGGGACUCCACCUCCUCUCUGCUCUCCAUCCUGUUUGAAGUCAACCCAGAGGACAGCGUUGCAGAGCAGCUGCUCAGAGUCCACUCCCAGCCUGUAGAGAUCAUCUAUGACUCGUUGACAGUGAACAGCAUGGCAGAGUUCUUUAAGACAGGGAAGGGAGUGGACCUGGAGGUGUUGACUUCAGCUACUCUCUCCAAGCUGGAGGAGAUUAAGGACAAGACAGCCACUGGUGGGUACAGGAAACAGGAAACACAUUAUAACAGCCACUGGUGGGUACAGGAAACAGGAAACACUUUAUAACAGCCACUGGUGGGUACAGGAAACAGGAAACACUAU